CCCUCCCCACAAAUACAGGAGAAAAAAAAAUUAAUAAAAUAGAAACUCAACUCCUUCCUUCUUUGUUUUUAUUUAUUUGAAUUACAAUAAUCAACAAUGUCUGAAGCUACUGAUGAAAUCAAGUUAACCACCGCUGGCUUCGAUGCUCGUUUCCCAAACACUAAUCAAACCAAACAUUGCUGGCAAAAUUAUGUCGAUUAUUACAAAUGUAUCAAUGCUCGUGGUGAAGAGUUUGCUCCCUGCAAGCAAUUCUACAGAGCUUUCCAUUCUUUGUGUCCUAAUGAAUGGAUUGAAAAGUGGGAUACUCAAAGAGAAGAAGGACGUAACCCCUCAAACUUUGAAAUUUAAAAAGAAAAUAUAUAAUUAUUCGUUAUGCUUGUUUAUAAAUAAGUUUUCUUUUCAUUCGUUUCUUUUCUUUUCUUUUUUUUUUUU